AUGGGGUAUUGGUGUUUCUAUUUGUUGUAUUUGGUUCUUGUUCACCAAAGUAUCUGCCAAACUACCGACCCAACUAGCUUUGAGAACCUGACAAAAACAAUUGAUAAGUAUGCAAAAGAGGUGCUGGCUUGUAAUGGGUCUGAAGUGGUCUCCCUCGCCCUUACCGUGGUCAAAAAUGGUACAACAGUACUGGCCAAGUCGUAUGGUUAUGCAGACUAUGUGAAGAAGAUAAAGGCCACUGAUGAGACCAAGUUCUGUAUUGCGUCUUGCUCCAAGGCUUUCACAACAACUCUACUCGCAAAACUCUUAGAUCGAAACAAAAGCCAUACAUUUGACUCCAAGGUGAAGGACAUCUUGCCAGACCUGUUGCUAGGUGACAACUACACCACAUACCAUGUCACCAUACGAGACUUGGUGUCUCAUCGGACGGGUAUGAGCAGACACGACUUUGCCUGGGUACUAGGUGGACUUACCAGGGACACUUUCUUCAGACAUAUACAAUACAUGAAUGCCACAUACGGCUUCCGCGACCAGGUCAUCUACAACAACUGGAUGUAUGGAAUAGCUAGCCGUGUGGCUGAGGCACUGGGAGGGAAACCAUUCCAAGUGUUGCUGCAGGAAGAAAUCCUGGACCCCCUGGAUAUGAAACGGACAACCCAAAUCUAUGACCUGAAGCCAGAGGGGAAGGACUAUGCCAAGUUUUAUUAUGUGACUGAUGAGGGACCCAAGGAGGUUGAUGUCCAAUUGUAUAGGUAA